UAAUAUGUAGAUAGCUUUUUCCCCAUAAAAAAAUUUAAUUUGUCAGAUACUUCUACAGAUGGCAUCCUUUGACAACAUGUGUUUAUCGCAAAAUUCGUCUUAAUACCUGGAAGAUGGUAAUUAUGAAAAAUGCUUAAAUAUCAUCACUCAAAAUGUAAAAACGAAUGAUUUUCAGUGUUGACAUUGUUUUAAUAUCAAUCUAUUUAAUAAAUUUAUUUUCGUGCAGAUUUUAAAAGUUUAAUAUAUAUAAAUAUGAAUAAUAAAAGUGAUGGUUUCUCAUUUGGUUUUGCUACUGCCAGUGGUAAUUCAAUCCAUGUGUCUGAGGAAGCUUUAUCAAAAGCAAAAGUGCUCUUUAAUAAUGAGCUUAAAGAAAGUAAUAACUCUGAACAAAAAUUCAAAGCUGAAAAUGAAAUUAAUACAUUUAACGCGCAAAUACCAGAUGUUGGAUUUCAAACUGCAAGUGGUCAACGCAUUAAUGUGACAAGUGAAGCACUAUCAAAAGCAAAGAAACUCUUUAAUAAUGAGCUUAAAGAAAGUGACAACUUUGAACAAAAAUUCAAAGCUGAAAAUGAAAUUAAUACAUUUAAUGCGCAAAUACCAGAUGUUGGAUUUCAAACUGCAAGUGGUCAACGCAUUAAUGUGACAAGUGAAGCACUAUCAAAAGCAAAGAAACUUUUUAAUAAUGAGCUUAAAGAAAGUGACAACUUUGAACAAAAAUUUAAAGCUGAAAAUGAAAUUAAUACAUUUAAUGCGCAAAUACCAGAUGUUGGAUUUCAAACUGCAAGUGGUAAAUGCAUUAAUGUGACCGAUGAAGCAAUAUCGAAAGCAAAAGCAAUAUUUCAAGAAGAAAUCUCCAAAGAUUUUGAAACUAUUCUUGCAUUACCUAAAUCAUUGCAAAAGCGAAAAAUUAAAGAUGUAGAUGACAAUGUAUCUUUGAACAACAAAGCAAAAUCUAGUCAGUUUAAAAAGUUACGAUUUAGUAAUGAGUUUCAAGUCUUAAAAUCUACUCAUAAAAACUCAUUGAAUAAUGAAGAAAAAGGAAAUCAAAGCACAUCUUCAAUAUCUAUGCAAGGAACUCUAAAUUGUGAUGUUGAACUUAAAUUAAAUGAUAAUAUUAUGAUUAAUAUUACUGAAACAAGCAAGGAAAGUGAUGAAAUAAUAGAUAACUAUGUAAUUUCACAUGAAAUAGCUAGUGCAGUUGCACUUUUAGCUGAUGAAAAGGAUUUAGAUUUCACGGAGCAACAAAUAUCUCCUAAGGAAAUUAAAGAAAAUGAUGAAACUGAAAAUGUUCCAUCUAGUCCAGUAAUAGGAGGACAAUUUAUUCGUAAAAAGCGAAGGAGUACAGGUAGAAGAGAAACUACAAAUACCUCAAAAAAUAAAGUAGAUAAGUUGGCAUGUUUAUGUAAUAAAGCAGAUGAAUUUAUAGAUAAUUUAGAAAAGUUAAAUGAUAAUUAUGCAAGUUCGAAUCAAUAUAUAAAUAAAAAAGAUAAUUGUUUAACAGAGAAGCAAGAUUUAACAGAUAAACAGGAUCAGUAUGACUCGGCAGUCGUUAAUGAUUUUGGUGACUCUCAAUUAAUGAUAGACUUUAUAAAUCAAUCUGUAACUGUAUUAGAGAAACGUUUAGAAGCUGCUUUAGAACAAGAUAAACAAAUUAGUAUGAAGCAAAAUAGUAAGCCUAAACCAACAAUCAGUAAAUUAUAUUUUCACAGAAAGAGUAAUACCAAUAAUCGUAUAUCAUGGAAAGAAAUUAGUAAGGGAAAAAAACCUACUCUAUGUACAUAUGAAGAGCUUGUUAACAGAAAAUUACCACCUGAAAUUUUGGAUUUAAGAGCUGAUAAUGCGACAAUGUAUAAGUUUCAUUGUGCAGAUUUUUAUGGGCAAAAUAUUGUGCAAAAUAAUAUUGAUGGUAUAAAAUUGGAAGAUGGAGCUUGUUUAAUUUUGGAUGAAAAUGGUUAUGUAGGAAUAACAGAAAUUAAAAGAUCUUUUUUAGCAAGUCCAGGUGUAGACCCUAACUUACUUCCCAUUGGAUGGGUAGAAAAUCAUUACAAAUGGAUUGUAUGGAAAUUAGCAUCAAUGGAUAGAAUAAAACUAGGUUAUAUCAUUCUACCAAGAGUUCUAACUCCUGCCAGAGUAAUGAUGGAAUUGAAAUAUCGUUAUGACAGGGAAAUUGAUAGAUCUCAAAGAUCGGCUUUAAGAAAAAUAUUAGAGAAAGAUGAUGUUGCAACCAAGAGAAUGGUUUUAUGUGUGUCUUCUAUUAAUAAAUGUGAUGAUUCUGAUACCGAAAACAAAAAUCAAUUAAAAAUAUCAUCCAAAAAAUUGAUAUUAACAGAUGGAUGGUAUUGUAUUCAAGCUUCAAUUGAUCAGGCAAUGAUGAAACAUAUAACAUCUGGUAAAAUAAAAGAGGGAACAAAAUUAUUAACAUAUGGAUCUGAAUUAUUAAAUUGUGAUCAAGGAUGCUCACCUUUGGAAAUUGGAGAGAACGUAUGUUUAAAAUUACAUACAAACUCAACAAGAAGAGCAAGAUGGGAUAUGAAGUUAGGGUAUACAGUACCAUCAGGACCAAUGUGCACUAAAUUAAAGACCAUUUAUCCAAAUGGUGGCUUAAUUGGGAAAAUUAAAGUUAUAGUUGCGAGGGUAUAUCCAAUGUUAUAUCAUGAGAAAACUUCAGCAGGAGAAUCUAUUUUUCGAAAUGCUAGAUGCGAAGAAAAAGCUAGCAUUAUCUAUGAAAGGGAAUGUCGGUCAAUGAUAGAAGCAUUUUAUGCUAAAGCAGAGAAAUAUUUUCAUACUGGAAAAUGCAAAAGUAACUUAAGUACGGACAGUAUCGAUUUAGCAGCAGUUGAAUGGAAUGAAGAUCGCGACAAAUUAUUUAAAGAGGGAUUUCGUUCAGAGCAAGAACUAGAGCAAUUAAAGAAUGAUUGUCAUAUGAAACAGGAGAAAUUUAGACAAGAAUUAGAAUCUCAAUUACAAGAAAGCUUACCUUUACCACGACAUGUUACACCUCUUUUAAAAAUUCGCGUAAUUGAGGAAGAAACAAAUGCUAUUCUUUCAGUUUGGUCUCCCAGCGAAGAAGUUAUAGAUAUUUUAAAAGAAGGAAAUUGUAUAUCACUUUGUAAUGUUAUGCCCUCAGCAAAAAGAGGUAAUGAGUUGCUAUUGACCGCAAAUCGAAAUGCAUCAUUUAUCCAAGUAAACAUUUCUGAUAAUAGUUUUCGUCUGAGAACAUAUACAGCAUUAUGUGAAAUAAGUAAGCCAACCUUUACACCAGCUUAUGGAGAAUUUGAUACAGUAGGAAUUAUUGCUUCUAUUGGAAACGAACCCUAUGGUAUGAAAAAUUUUCAAGCUGUGUAUUUAGCAUAUCCACAUGCGGAUUCCCUGUCUUCAUAUUUAUCAAUACUCUUUUGGCAUGGAAUAUCUUCUUAUGGGUAUGCAGAAAUUUUGACUAUAGGAUCUUUUGUUGCCUGUGGCAAUUUAGAAUGGCGUCGAGCUACAUCAUGGAAUAUACCAGUGGCAUAUUGCACAGAACGAAGUAUUUUUACGCAUAAUCCUCGAGACAGUCACCUUCAGGAACCUUUAGAAAAUUUAAAAUGUUCGAUAACGGAUAUUAGUACGUAUAUAGAUACCUGUGUGGUAGAAAUUUCGGAGAAAGUACAAAAGAAAUCAAUGAUGAGAAAUAAUUUCAACAAAGACAUAUCAAAUGAAAAUAUUAAUACUGACAAGCAAUUUAAUGAUCAUGUAUCUCAGGAAUUCCAAGGAAGGAGUUUAACAAAUAAUCAACUAGCAAAAUCUGUUGCCAUACAAAAACGGCUUGAAAAAUUACGAUCUUAUGGUGAGCCAUCUAGUCUAUCCCCAAUUACACUUAAAAACAGCUCCAAGCGAGUAUCAUUGGAGUUUCAAUCUCCCAUACAAUCAAGAAGUGAAAAAUGUACAAAAGUUCAUACAACAUUACAUGCAAGACUUACACAAAACCCUACAUGACAGUGCAUAUUUUACAAGCUCUUUUAUUUAAGUAUGUAUUAGCUGUUUAUAGUAUACUUGUAUAAUAAAUUGUUAAGAUCCUUUAUUAUACAGGUUAAAUACUUUAAUAUUUAUUAAAUAUAUAGUAACGAUUCUGAUCUUAUUUACUAAAAUUUGUUUGAUAUUCUUCAUAAUAAAAUAAAAGUAUUAAAAUUAACAGAACAAAGUACAAAUUUUGUGAUAAGAAAUGUAAACAAAUCUAUAUUAAUAAUUACACUCCUUGACAAAAACAUAUCUCAGGUGUGCUGUCUUUAAUUUCCCAAUGAUGCAUGUAAAGUUUUUCGUCUGUAACGUACAAAUAUCAAAACAUUAUGAGCUCAGGAUAUGCGUUUUGCUGGAAAUAAGUCACAAUGUCGUAAAUGUUUGUAUACAAUAAAGAAAAGCUGUUCCAUACUGUAGUAUCGUAAACUAUUAUAAUUAGUUUAUUUACAAUAUAUGGAUUAAACAGUAAACAAUGGUUAUGUAACAUGAACUAAUCACAACAACAUAUUAUAAUUAGGACAACUAGAUAAUUAAUUAGUAACUCUCGUCAUCACGGAUUCAACUCUCUCUCAAGAACGCUAGCAACACUAUCUCGAUAACGCACUCUCUGGCUUCUCAACUCGUACUACUGUUAAUUCGUUUAUGUCCCUUAGCAACCCCUCAUCUUUUGUCUUAGCCUCAUAUCUUUUGUCUUAGUCCCACCACGCACAUGCUCAGCAACUACUUGUUUAUAAUUCGCACGACACCCCCCAGGCCCCUCGUCCACGAUACUACAAUGUUAAGGUCGAAAUGAUAGCACAUUCUGUUAAUAUAUUUAGAAAUUGCUCAGUAGUUCAUAAUCUAUCAACGAGUAAAGAUUACAGUACAAUAUUAUAUAAAUUUGUAACUAUGGGACGCGGAAAAAGAUUAAACGAGUCUGAAAAAAAGCAAAUUCUUGAACUAAAACAACAGCGGUUAUCAGUAGCAAAAAUAUCGAAAGUAAUAAGAAGAAGUCGUAGAGUAAUACACAAUUUCUUAAAAAAUGUUGAAGAUUAUGGCAAAAAGAAAAGUACUGGUCGGCCGUCAUCGUUAUCCGAUCGUGAUAAGCGAGCAAUUUUGCGUGUAGCUUCCAACUCACAGUUAACAACGAAGCAAAUAAUGGAGAAGUCUAAUGUUAGUGCCAGUGUUUCAAGUGUUCGUCGAGUUCUACUAUCCUGCAAAGAUAUUAAGAGACUAAAAUUGAAAAAGAAACCUUCAUUAACAACGAAACACAAAGUAGAACGUUUACGCUUUGCAAAAGAAAGAGUGCAUUGGAAAAAAAAUUGGAGAAAAAUACCAUUUUCAGACGAAAAAAGAUUCAACUUGGAUGGUGCUGAUGGGUUGUAAUAUUAUUUUCAUGACAUAAGAAAAAAAACAAUGUCAGUAAUUCGACGACAAAAGGGGAGGAGGCAGCGUGAUGGUUUAGACCGGUAUCGGUUAUUUCGGUAAGACAAGUAUCAAGUUUAUCGAUGGGAGAAUGAAUAGUGUCCGAUACAUAAAUUUAAUCAAAGAACAAAUAAAUAAUCAUGCAGAACGCAUUUCUGGACUUAAUUACAUCUUUCAACAAGAUAAUGCAUCUGUACACACAUCAAGAUUGGUACAAUCAUAUUUUAACGAAAAUAAUAUAUCUAUUUUGCCGUGGCCUGAAUGCUCCACGGACCUUAAUAUUAUUGAAAAUUGCUGGGCAGAACUUGUUCACAGCGUUAUACGCGAAUGGAAGUAGUAUCAACACGUACAAGAAUUUAAAAAAAUGCAAUUGUACGCAAAUGGGAUACGUUAAGUCAAAUUUAUAUCCAGAAACAGAAUAUAAUAGAAGUAAUAGAAAAUAAAUGGGAAUGUACCCAUUAUUAAAUAAGUAUAUAUGUUUGAAAACAAGCCGCAUAUCCUGAGCUCAUAAUGUUUGGAUAUUAUACGUUACAAACGAAAAACUUUACAUGCGUCAUUGAGAAAUUAAAGAUAGCACACCUGGGCUAUCUCUUUGACGAGGAGUGUAUAUCAUUAAUGUUAAUACUAUUGAAUAUUAAUAACUGUACUGUUACUGGUCUGAUAACUUUAUGAGAUAUGUGAACAAAUAUUUAUAUUUAUUUAGUUUUUAUGUGAACAAAAGUACAGGAUUAUCCAUUUAGAACCCGCGCUCACGAGAACAUAUGAAAAUGGCAACAGUGUAACAUGUAUGUUUACUAUUAGCAGCUAUUAGGAUUUCGAGCAGGCUUGGAAUUUUAUGUUCAUGCUGGUUAAUAAUAUUCUACUUAGAUGGCACGUGUUGUCGUAAUUUAGAGAUGAAAGUUCGCGGGAGGAGACAACCACUUUAAAAUGCUGAAGCAUUGAACUGUUAAGUGCGUGAGAUAAAGGUUAGAACUUUUAUUGAAAAAAUAAGAAUUAAAUGGAUUUGGAGAUUGCUGUGUAUUUUGUUGGUAUCGAAGCCAAAGUGAUUCUGAGGAUUCUCUUCAUUCCUUCGUUAUAGUUCCUGAUUUAACAAAAUAUGAAAUUCGGUGACAAUUCAUGAGGACCAAUCCCUUCUCCAGGUUCCCUGGUUCGUGGCAUGAUUCAAGGGAAAGUAGUGUAGAAGUGCAUAUGUGUGACACGACUUUAAAUUGUCACUGUCGAAAAGGGCUUUGUCUAAAGAUCCUUUUUUCUUCGCAUUCCUCGCUUAAGAAGACUGUAAGGUUUAUGCAUGUUGAGGAACUACUCGAUACAUCACAGUUGUCCCCUUUUAUUGUUUCUAGCUGCAUUUUUAUUUGUGGAUUUUCCCUCCUCAAGUGACCACCUAAUCUAGUUGAGUAUUUCGCCAAAUCCGCUUUAUUACUGUCAUGUCAAAAGUUAAAAGCGAUUCUUACGCUCUUCAAGUGUUUAGAUAACGCGCGUUAUCGCGAUGGUGGAAAUAAUUAAGAUAGCGACAAUCUAUUUUCGGGUGUUAUCACAGAAAAAUAUCGGGCAAUCUCUCUCAAGUCAAAAAGAACCGACGAGUCAGGCUACUUUUACCCAUAUGUCAUAAGUAUCUGUUCAAUCCCGCCCGAAUACUGAUGUUGUCCGAUAAUUUCGAAGCGAUUCUCUCCCUUUCCCUUUCUCUUCGUCUGCUGUCGUAAAUGUGUACUCGUACAUGCCUAGAAUUUGUUCACGAACCAUCCUCACUUGCACUUGAAACUUGCACUUACACAUGAAACCUGUUAUUUGUACGGUACCGACGAUGACACAAUUAUUAAUACAUAAAUAUUUUUAUAUUUUUUAUUUCAUUGUUGUAAGAUAGUUUCAGUUGGAUUAUUGAGAUUUUUACGAAUAAAGUGAUACCGACUAUAACUAUAUCUGAAUUAAUUUCUAUUCUUUAAUGUUGUUGCGUACAGUGAUCUGUUCGUUGUUAAACAAAUCGUAGGUGAUAUUUUAAAUGACGAAUUAAUCUUGUGCGAGUAGUUUUAGUUCAAUUGGACAGUAUUAAAUUAAUGGACUGAUAGUUUGUACAAUUCUCGGCGUUCUUUGUAGUAUUUUUGGAAAUUAGUUCCGUCAAGUGACGAUCAGCUACCUCGAGGAGCUAUAUAUCAUUACCCCCUUCUUGUUUGUUUACUUGGUACGGUGCGUAUAGAUAUAACUAUACAUAUACAUUUUAUAAACUAUACAAUUAAAAUAAAUAAUUUAGUCUGAUUAGCAAGAAUGGGGAAGUAUGUUUCCUUAUGCAUUUACGCAUAUCCGUUUAAGCAUACUAGUUCUUUUAAUUUCCAUAAUUCUUCUUUUAGUUGGUGUCGAUACUCAUUGAAUUUUGUAGCUGUUAUCCGCUACUCCUCUUGUUUGCUCUUUCGUCUUUUGGUCUGUCUUUUCAUUACCUUCUAUCUCUACAUGUGUUGAUAUCCAUAUCAAGCAAAUUUUUUUUCUGUUAUAUCUGUCUGUUCUUUUUCCUUGUUUGCCCUUUUCUGGGUCAAUUCAUUUUUUCCUUCUCUAUUUCUAUCAGUUGCUCGGCGAUCUUAUCGAUCCAGAUGUUUUCCUCCUUCUUUCUUGUUCUUUUUCUUGUUUGUCUCAACCUGAGUGCUAUGGUAUUUAAUGUGUUUCUUGAAUCGGUUAGGAUCGCGACUUGUUUAUCUUUGUUUCGGCUUUUGCCCCUUUUUAAUUCUUCGUGAAUUGCUGUUGUCACUGUAGUGAAAAUGGUUGUCCUAUUGUGAAUGCUGAUUCCACUUUCUUUCUAUUCUCUUCCUUCGUUUCUAAUAAUUCCAAUCCCGUUAGUAUAGGCAUUUCGCUUCUUCAACCCACCAGUGCAAUACUUUAUUGUCCAUAUUGGAUCCAUCUUUACCUUUGUAAUUAAGUCCUUAAUGAAACUGUCAUUUUUUAUAUUUAUCUCCUUUUGUCGGGACGAUGAAUCUGAAAAGACGUUUAUAGGAACUAAAGAUCGCCGCGGCAUCUCUCUUAUGCGAUUCAAGAAUUGGCGUUGUACACGAAUGUAUCGGACGUCGACAUCGGCGCAAUUUUAGAGCAAUAUAAUAAAGAUAUGUGGGAACCAUUAGACUUUUUGCAAGAAAGUUAGAAAAGGCACGGACGAGAUAUAGUGUAUACGAUAGAGAGCUUUUAGCCAUACAAGAACCUCGAGUUUUUCAGGCAUUUUGUGGCAAAGAACUGCUUCUACAAACGGCCCAUAAGCCGUUUAUAUACGCAUUUCAGAAAAAAGCUGACAAAGCCGAUCCAUCACAAACGAGACAGUUGGAUUACAUCAGCCAAUUUCCUAAAAUUUACUAAAUAGUGCACGUAGAAAUAUUCCCAACAAUGCUGCUGAGACUUCGAGCCAACGUAAAGGAAGAUCUGAAGGUAUCCGUGACAGAGAUGGUCUAUGGUACAAACUGAAACUAUCUGGAGAAUUCCUUAUCAGCGAAGAAAUAGAAAUAAAUUGAAUCGAAAAAGAAAGAUAAAAGCAAGUCCAAUUAGACAUCACAGUAAUAAAAAAUAUUCCUCAUCUAGAAUCUACAUACUUGCUCACAUGUAUUUCUUCGAGUCGACGCUACGGAAAAGCCUUUUGAGGCACUUUAUGAAGGGCGGUUCGAAAUUAUAGAACGGAUAAAUAACUAUAUUUUUAAAAUUAAAUACUAUGGAACAUUAACAAACAUAUUCAUCGAUAGGUUAAAACUCGCCUUCCAAGAAAGUAACGAAAAUAAAGAAUCUGAAAAAGCGUCAAUGACAUCGAGUCCUAGAAGUAAGAUAUGCGAGUUGAAGUUCGAACAACUCAUUCGGAAGAGAGUGAUGUAAAGACAAGCAUCUACAUGUCCUUAUGCGACGUGACGUCCAUUUCACAUCAUAUUUGUAAUUAGGUUAAAUUAGUUUAGUUAACCACUAGAUUAAUUACUUUUGUAUUACAUAGUUUAUAAGCCUACUUUUUUAAGGAACACGUCUAUGGUACAAAAAUAGAAUGAUCAUUCUCAAAUUAAGACUUGUAGAGCGCGAACGCAGAAAGGAAAAGACGAAUAAAGCACAAGAUCGGACUCGUCGUCUAUUUCUGGAGGAUUUGUUACCAUUUUCAACAUGUGGCCAUGUUACCAUUUUCCAAGUUCUUACGAGCGCGGGUUCUCAUUUAAAUGAGUAAAAACAAUCGAUAUAAAUGAAGAACGAAAUUUAAACUGACUGAUUGUAUUAGAUUCCAAUAGAACAGAAUGGACCAUACAUCAUUUAAUAAAAUAAUAUAAAACAAAGAA